AUUAAGUUACUCGUCUUCUUCACCUACUGUGCCGGAACCCUUGCCGCCUUCCAUUUUUUGGCUCACUGGUUGCAUCUGAUCACCGGCCGCCGCCGCGACUUUUCUCAGAAUCAGGUGCCACCAUGCCAACCGUUAGCGUUGGAAGAGACCGUCUGUUCGAAGCCCUUGGCUGUACUUACACUGAUGAAGAAUUCGAUGAAUUGUGCUUUCAGUUUGGUAUUGAGCUCGAUGAUAUAACAACAGAAAAAGCAAUACAGAGAAAAGAGAAGCAUUUGGAGGAAGAGGGAGUGGAAGAUGAUGGAGAGACUAUAUACAAAAUUGAAGUCCCAGCAAACAGAUAUGAUUUGCUUUGUCUUGAAGGACUAGCGCAAGCUCUUCGAAUAUUUAAUGGGCUUGACCCGAUCCCAACAUAUAAGGUGGCGAAUAUUGGUAAAGAAUCUAUGCUUGAAAUGCGUGUGAAAACAGAGACAUCCAAGAUUCGUCCAUAUGUUGUAUGUGCUGUUUUAAGAGGUGUAACAUUUGAUGAGGCUAAGUACAAUAGCUUCAUUGAACUACAAGAUAGGCUGCAUCAAAACAUUUGCAGGUAUUACCAGAAUAUGAGGGCAAUUUGAAAUUCCUAUU